UUUCUUUCAAUCAUUCCAUGAUUCUUCUUGAAAUUCCCUCGAGCAACAAUGGCCGGCUCUAAACCAAUAAUAGAGAUUGCUCCAAUGCGACUUCGUACCAAUCACAACUGCCUAAGUAAUUGUUUUUUCUAUUAGCCGUUGAACUUUUCGCUUCAUUGUGGCAGGCACGUUUGAGCGAUCCAAUGGAGUAAGCAACGAAGCAUAUCCAUGGGGAGUUUUUUUCGUUGAAACCUCAGCUGCCUUUCCUUGCCGAACUCGCUGCUUGAAAUUGUGAUUUAUGGUUUGACAUUUUCUUGUAUUGAGACUAUUGCUUUGAAUAUUUCUUUGUCUUGGAGGAUUGUUGAGGUGGCUUAUCGUCUUCGUUGUGAAGUAAAGGAAGCUAAUAUUAUUGCUCGAGAGAAUCUCUAAUGAUACUUGUUAUUUUAGGGUAGCUUUAAAAAAAAAAAAACAAAUAGGUCCAUUCAAUAGCAUUUAAGGUCUACAUGUUUAAACCGUUAUGUGUUCGAGUCAUAUGAAUUAUGUUUUCUUGCAUCUGUUAUGAAGUAGAAAAUAUGAGAAUCGUGGUGACUUUUUCUUCAAAAUCGGUAAGAACACUUGAUUUGAACGUUGUUGGGUCCAUUAACGAGAUUUGAUACAACAAUUUUUUGUUGUUGAUGUCACUAGAUCACUCCAAAUAGAGGAAAGAUUCGAGUUACAGAAGAAACAAACCCGAACUUCUAAACAAAUCGAGAUGAAAAAAAUAUGCCGCGUCUACCGAGCCCCUAUUAAAAGGAGAUGCAUCCCGCAGGGCUAGGAUCCAAUUUCAGAAGGCCAAGUUCAGAUGAAAGGGCGGCCCAUCAAUGUGGCCUGGCAAAGUGUACUGGACUUUUUUUUUUUUGGGUACAUAAAGUAUACUGGGCUUGCUUCAUACUAAUUGUCAUUGGACUUUAUCAACGCAAACACAGCCCAUCAUUCUAAUAUUUACUAGUGGGUUUGGGCCAAGCGACACAUAGGGCCCAGUCUGGAGCUCGAGCAUAUUCCCAGAGCAUGUUCUGUUGAAAGUUUGUGGGAUUCUCAACCAAGGUUGAAAACGAAGGCGGAUAUUCGCUUGCAUAUGUACGUUACCUUUCUCAUUCUUCUCAGGCUAGAGACCAGUGAGAAGAUUCAAGCUGAAAUUUGUUUGUGUAUUAUCAUUUCUCUGAAGAGCAGAAGGCCUGCCUGGUAAGUGUCCUUAACUCCGAUCGCUUCAGUCCAUUAUUAUAGCCGGCGGUCCACUUGGUUCCGACGACUUUUGUUCUUUUCUGUCGGGAAAUUUUUCUCGGCGAAGUUGACGCUUGGAACCAUGUUUGUUGUUCUGGAGUCCUUGGUUUGGUCUUAAAUACGUGGGAAUCGUUGUUAAGCAAUACUUGCUUGCCAGCUUAGGACUCGUUAUCUUUUGGGGUGUGUGAAUCUAUGGUAUAUGGCUCUCCUCUUGGUUAUAUGAUUUGGGAUCUCUCCACAAGGUUAAUAGUAGGGGUGGGCAUUAGACCGAUUCGGUAUAGAACAGGAUCGAAUCAAGAUAAAAUCGUAUCUAAAUCAAAGGAAAAUUGAUGAUCAGAAUCGGAACAAAAAGCAUGUUUAGUUUAUUUGGGUUCAUCUCGGUAUGAUCAAAAUUCAAUUUUUGUUUACUUUAUUUUUAUGAUAUGUGAUAGAAACCUAUUUCUAGGGUUCUAUCGAUAGUGUUGGUUGAUUGGGAAUUUAGAUAUUUGAUGAUAGAAUUGAGGAUUGAGAAUUUGGGGAAGAAGAAAAGAAUAAGAAUCGGCCGAAGCCUUAGAGGGCUAGAGAACGAGAAAUUAGAAGAUGGAGGAUUAGGGUUUGUGUGAGAGAUACUUUCUGAAUAAUUGUUCUUGCUUUAUUGAUAAUGAAAUCCAGAUUACAUAUUUAUAGGAAAGAUAGGAAAACCUAAUAAUAAACCUAAUUCUACUAAAAUACUACUAACCAAGUAAUCAUAAUAAGAAUUACCCUAUUAGUAAUAAUAAUAAUAAUAAUAAAUAUAGAAACCCUAACGAAGCAGGUUUCCAUCAAUAUGCAGGAUCGAAACUGAAUUGAAAUAUUUUUAAUCCGAUUCGAUUAUGUACAAUCUUGUCCGGUGUAGAUCGCAUAUAAUCACCCACCCUAGUUAAUAAUACAUCAUACAUGGUCUUGACAUGUUUCCAGUUUAGGGUAACCACCCAGCAUUCUAUGGUUACUUGUGUGCGAUUAUGUGAGAUGAGAUGAUUAAUCGUGAUUUGUGAUGCGUUUUUGCACUAAGUAGGUGUACUGAUACAUUAUUGACAGGACGCAGGAGCUAAAUGGGUAUUGAUUGAGCCUGCCCAUGAGCCUAAUGGGCCGACUUUGCAUUGUGCGUGGACCCCUGUUCCGGCCCAUAUCAAAAGCGAAUGGUCCCUAAUCGGACGGCAAACAGAGGAAAAGACGUGGCCCGUCGGGAAAGGACGGAGUUAGCAAUCAGGCCGAGCGAGUCCGAAACGGAAAGAUACGAAUUUGCCAAAUUGGCAAUUGAUGUCCCACGUCUCGAGCCCCUCGAAGUCCGGAACUUCGUCAAUUGGGGAAGCGUUUUCAUUGGGCCGGAGGAAAGCUGAUUUCCCAGGUAACCGAUAUUAUAUACUUAAUAUUUGAUUUGCUGAUUACGAUCGAAAGUGCGAUUAACUUAAUAAAUCUUGAUUAUAAAAUGUCAUCUUCAAAUUAAAUCAGGGCAGGUGAAGAAAAAGGGACCAACAUUUUGUUGUGACGUGACCACCACAGUUCCCCCCUUAAUUAAAUAUAUUUAUUGACAAUGUGGGAGGCCUGAGUCCUGAAUCUUGGUGGAAUGUGUUGAUUUUAUUACGAUUUAUUUAUUAAUUAAUACUGAUUCACGUUGCCAAGUGUCUCGUUUUCCGUUAUUCCCAAAUCCAGCCGGGCCGGGUUGCCUCCGUCCGCCCCGAACCCGAGGCUCGGACUCGGGCGGGCAAUAUUAUUUUCACACCGAUUUCCUUCUGCUAGCUCGCUCUCACUAUUUCAGCGGCUCACAUUCCGUCUCUCUCCCAGCCACUGCUAUAAUUCCCUUUCAAUUUCUUUCUCUCUCUCUUUCGCUCUGUAAUCCAAUCCUUUCUUUCCUCGUCUCUCCGAUCCAUGGCGGACCAAGUCGGCGACCACGAUUCCCUGGUCGAUAAGAUCACCGAGAAGAUCCACGGCCACGACGGAUCCUCUUCCUCCUCCUCCUCCGAUUCCGACGACGACCGCAAGCCUUCCAAGGUCGAUUCCGUCAAAUCCAAGAUUUACCGCCUCUUCGGCAGGGACAAGCCCGUCCACAAGGUCUUGGGCGGCGGCAAACCUGCUGAUGUUCUUCUCUGGAGGAACAAGAAGAUUUCAGGAGCAGUGCUCGGUGUUGCAACUGUGAUCUGGGUUCUGUUCGAAUUGCUUGAGUAUCAUCUGAUCACUCUAGUUUGCCAUUUGUCCAUAGUCGCUCUGGCUGUCCUCUUCUUGUGGUCCAACGCCUCCUCCUUCAUCAACAAGUCGCCGCCACAAAUUCCUGAAGUUGUGAUCCCUGAGAAGUGCAUCCUCGAAGUUGCCUCUGCAUUGAGAAUCGAGUUCAACCGUGGGUGCACUGUUCUGCGCGAGAUUGCAUCCGGCAGGGAUCUCAAGAAGUUUCUGAUUGUGAUUGUUGGCUUGUGGUUUAUCUCCAUCAUCGGGGGUUGCUGCAACUUCUUGACCUUGUUCUACAUUGUGUUUGUGUUGCUACACACUCUGCCCGUGCUCUACGAGAAAUACGACGACAAGGUUGAUGCUUUCGCUGAGAAGGCGAUGAUCGAGCUGAAGAAGCAGUAUGCAGUGUUCAACGAGAAGGUUUUGAGUAAGAUCCCUAAAGGGCCAUUGAAGGACAAGAAGAAGGAUUAGAGAGAGAUGACUGAGUAUGGAUCUUUUGAUUGAUUUGUACUUUCAGGGUUCACAUUUUUUAGCGACUUAGUUCUGUUAUAUCCACUGCAUUGUCUGGAUGCUCCCAAGAAUUUAGAUGAAGUAUCGUAAUCGGUUAAAGAUAUGUCGAGUUCUAGAUUCUGUUUUAUAGUGCAGAAAUAAAUUGAUAGCGUUUGCAUUAGAGAGAUUCAAUAGAAAGAUGAAUGAUGAUUGGUACUGAUGAAUUUGUGACAGUAUAUUCUUGCUUUGUAGUAAAGUGCUUUCUUUAUA